GGAAGCAUCCAUUCCUUGUAAAAACGUUCUGACGUACUGCAGGCAUGCUCAGGUUUUUGGUGUUGACAAGUCUCGCAGCCUUGGUGCUGGCUGAGCUGGAGCCCCAGCCCAGGUACCUGGAGGACAGCUUUGAAAGAGUCGUGGGAGGUGAGGUGGCCAGACCCAACUCUUGGCCCUGGCAGAUCUCUCUUCAGUACAAAUCUGGCAGCAACUACUACCACACAUGCGGAGGAACCCUGAUUGAGAGAGGCUGGGUUAUGACAGCUGCUCACUGUGUGGACAGCAGUAGGACGUGGCGCGUUGUUCUCGGCGAACAUGACCUCUACAGCUCCAGCGGCAGAGAGCAGAUCAUUAGUGUCAGCCAGGUUUACAUCCAUUCCGGAUGGAACUCCAACAGAGUGUCUGCUGGAUUUGACAUCGCCCUGCUGCGUUUGUCCUCUGAGGCUACCCUGAACACCUACGUCCAGCUGGGCUCUCUGCCUCCCUCUGGCCAGAUUCUGCCCCACAACAACCUCUGCUACAUCACUGGAUGGGGACGCACUUCCACUGGUGGCAGCCUGUCUGCUCAGCUGAAGCAGGCCUACCUUCCUCUGGUCGACUACAAGACCUGCUCCAGCAGUGGCUGGUGGGGCAGCACUGUUAAGAACAGCAUGGUGUGUGGUGGUGGUGCUGCUGAGGCUGGAUGCAAUGGUGACUCUGGCGGCCCUCUGAACUGCAUGGUAAAUGGAAAAUACUACGUCCAUGGUAUUGCCAGCUUUGUGUCUGGUUUGGGAUGUAACACUCCCAAGAAGCCCACCGUCUUCACACGUGUCUCUGCCUACAUUGAAUGGAUGGACUCGAUCAUGAUGUAAACAGAAGACUCAUCCAUGUUGCAACACACAAAGACAGAGACUGCAUUUGGCCAAGUUUUGACCUGCUGUACUUCUUCAUUUGCCUGGUCUGUUUCUACCAAAAAUAAAUUUCAUUAAAACUUUGA